CUUCCAGUACCUUAGGCAUGGCACAAAUACACUCUCUCAGUGUGGAUGGCCUGGUUGAUUUACUUCAGAAAGAAAUUCCUGGCCUAGAAGCAGCUGUCAGUGACAAUAUAAGAAGGCAUAAAAUUGAUGGCCAAAUCUUCAUUCAACUAAAUGAAGAAUAUUUAAGAGAAAUAGCACCACUCCUUGGAGACCGAGUUCGUCUGAAGCAAAUCAUUUCUUCAUCACUUGAGCCAUCUACAUGUAAUUUUGCAUCAUCACCGGUUUCAUUUAGUUCGCCAAGUUAUGUGUCUGAUAGUUUGGAUUCAACGGCGCAAGAUGUUAGUAGGAGUACUCAUGACGUCAGUCAUGUCACUGAGAAUUCUAGUGAAAUUCCUUUUAAUAACUGGGCUGAGAAAAUGACAAUACCAAAGCAUUUUUCAAAGGUUAGAUUAUUCAACCAUUCUAUGCACAUGCAUAAUGGUUAGUUACAGUUAACAAUGGCAUUAACAAUUUUAAUUGUAAAUUAGUGAUGUACAAUUAUAGAAAUUUGCAAACUUAUACUAAUACAUAGGCGGCGGCAGGAUAUGAAGAAGGGUUGGGCAAAAAAUGGCGCGCAAAGCGCGCCGCGAUUUUGACCACACCCACUUUUCCCCGCCUGUUUUGGGCAUAUACUCAAAGCACGCAUACAAUAUGAUAUAGCAUAAAAUGCGCCUAAAAGGCCCCCUAUCUUAUCUGUAAAGCUCUAUCCAACCUGUAAAGUGCUAGUCCUGGUUCUCCUGGAAGGCUUAUUGACAAAGGAAAGCAGAAAAGACUGUCUCUUGCUAGCCAUGGUAAUUAUUCAUGAUUAAAAAUGAUGUCAUUAAUUAAAUUUUCAUUUCCGGUCAAAAUUUUUGGUCGGGCAUUGCCCGUCCAUGCCCGACCCUGCUUCCGCCUAUGUACUAAUAUCCAUUUUUAUAAUAAAGACACUACAUGUAUUUUACGUUGCUAGAAUCUAUAGCUAGAACGGUGUAUAACUACAUGUAUAUGUGAUUAAAAUAUUCAACAAUUAACAGAUUGCAAAUAAUCAACUGUACAGACAAUGGAUGUGUGCUGUCUAGAAUUUCCAUGUCAUUAAUUUUAAAUUCUGAAUCUUGUAUAAUGAAAUAUUGUUAUAAAAUUCAUAUUUUUACAAAUGUUACUCUUAUUCACAAUAGCAUGAGGCAAAUCUCUAAUGCAAUGAU